GAAAAACAGAGCAGCCUCCACUGAUAUACCUCAGAAUCUUCUCUCCAAGCCCACUAUUUUCCUUCCACCCUUUCUAAAUUGUCGGUUCUGUUCCUCCAGAUACCUCCCCCAGCAAGAGCACCACCACCAACAGCAGCAGCACCAACCCAAGUUGCUGGCUUAAACAGCUGAGGAGGAGAGAAGUCAGCCAUGUGUGUUCAGGAUGGUGAGCAGGAGAUGGAGGAUCUUGAUUCCAGCAACAGCAAGUCCUGGCCCUCGCAUUGCGAAAUGUUGCAUACCCAGAUGGAGAAUCUCGACAGGCAGCCUCCUGUUGUGUGCCCCGCCGACCAGGCUGGCCUUCGCAGUUCAUUCCCACUGGAAAGCAUUUGUGAGGAAAACGUGGCAUUAGAGAAAAGACUGAACAUGUUAGGCAACUUCAUACCCAAGCUUAGGUCAGGAGAGUGGUCUGAUAUCGGUGGUCGGCCCCAUAUGGAGGAUACCCAUGUUUGCAUUGGCAAUCUGGCUACGACUUUUGGCUACGAUAAGCUUAAUCAGGAAGUUGUUUCUCUCUAUGGCGUAUUUGAUGGGCAUAUGGGAAAGGCGGCUGCACAGUUUGUCCGCGACCAUUUGCCUAGAGUUAUAGUUGAGGAUUCUGAUUUCCCUCUAGAGCUUGAGAAAGUCGUCGUGAGAUCAUUCAAAGAGGUUGAUGCUGCAUUUGCAAAGUCAUGCACACUCGAGACUGCCUUGUCCUCUGGGACGACUGCACUUACUGCGAUGAUAUUUGGCAGGAAUGCUUUCAACAGGUCUUUAUUGGUGGCAAACGCUGGUGAUUGCCGGGCUGUACUCUCACGACGAGGAGUUGCUUUGGAAAUGUCUAAAGACCACAGGCCCUGCUGUACGAGAGAGAAGGUGAGGAUUGAGUCCUUGGGUGGUUUUGUUGACGAUGGCUAUCUGAAUGGUCUGUUAGCUGUCACACGUGCAUUGGGAGAUUGGCAUCUCGAAGGUAUGAAGGAAAUGAGCGGAGUUGGCGGGCCAUUAAGUGCCGAACCAGAGCUUAAGUUGGUGACGUUGAAUAAAGAAGAUGAGUUUUUGAUAAUCGGAAGCGAUGGGAUGUGGGAUUCCUUUACUAGCCAGAAUGCCAUAGAUUUUGCCAGGAGGCGGCUCCAAGAGCACAAUGAUGUGAAAUUAUGCUGCAAAGAGGUAGUCGAAGAAGCAAUAAAGAGAGGAGCAACCGAUAAUUUGACGGUCGUGAUAGUGAGUUUUCACUUGGAGCGGCCUCCACAGCUGGUGGCACCAAAGGGUAGAGUAAGGAGAAGUAUCUUCGUCGAAGGACUUCAGAACGUCAAAUGCUUUUUGGAAGGAUGAUAUUAUACAAAUUAUCUGAAGGUCAUGCAGUUUUCAAGAUGAGAAAUAAAUUAGACGAGUGGGAAAUAAAUGUAGUCAGGUUACAUGGUUGAUUGGUGAGAGUUCCCUGCGUAUGUAUAGUUCAUUCCGGUAAUAGAAGCCAUCUUUUUUUUUUCACCCUUUUUUCUCUUCUGCUUCUUUCUUUUGGCAUUGAGAUGGAGAAGCUCGAAGUUAGCGAGGUUUCAUUUUUUCGGUCAUGAGAUCGUAACUUUUCUUUCUAAUUGGCACUGGAACAAGCUCGAGAUGAUUCCUGAGAGGAACUUUGUUGUAUUCUUCGGCAGGGGAUGAUGAUGAUAAGGAUCAUGAUAUCAAGACAAUUGUCAGAUGUUCAUGUAGCUUGGAAUUUGUACAUAUCGACUUUCCUUGUUGAGACUUCCCCUUUCAUGAUUAUUGCCCUCCACACAUUUGUGGGUCAUUCCA